CUUGGCCUUGUCCAGGUCGGCAGGAUCUUUUUCUGUCAGUGAGAAUCCUGAAAGCUGCUUGCAUGGACGUGGCGCUUCAGACUCCAACGGUACCUUUUACUAGCUAGCUAGUAGAUAGAUGUCCAGCAACCCAGUGGAAGAAGGAUACCAAUACGACUGUACGCACCCAUCUCUCAUCUAUUCUCUGGAUCUCUGGUUGCAUUGGCACCCAUCCAUCAACCUACAAGUUUGUUGGCAGCUACCCUUCAUUUAUUUUUGGGCUCUGAGUUCUUGAGGUCCCAUUCUCUUCCAUUUUUUUCUUCCAAGAACGAAUAAUAAUAAAAUAAACAUCCACCAUGGGCGCCUGCAUGAGUUCCCAGGAAAUGCUGAUUGCCACGACGGACGGCGAUGUGGAAUCCUUUCACAGCAAGUUUAUCGAAGACGUCAAGCUGGGCGAAGGAGAAUUUGGAGUGGUCAAGCGAGUCUUUGCCACGUCGGACACCAACAAACAAACUCCCUUGGCCUGCAAGACAUUGAAAAAGGGCAUGACCUUCAAGGACAAUCAACUCUACCCCGCACUGCCUCCCGAAAUGCUGCGGGGAGAAAUUGACAUGUUGCGCGCCUUGAAAACAUCCGUCAAUGAAAACCCCAAUUACUGUCUGCAGCUCCAUUCCAUUUACGAAUCACCCAAGGUCAUUCUCAUGGUGACGGAACUCUGUGGUGGAGGAGAAAUGCUCGAGUAUGUCGCCAAGCAGGAUCAACUGAGGACCGAAGAUAUCUCCCGCAUUGCCUUUCAGUUGAUCACCGCCAUUGACUACUGUGCCAAAAACAGAAUUCUUCACAGAGACUUGAAGCCCGCCAACAUUAUGUUUCAUUCGGAUUCUCCCAAGGCACAGCUCCGUGUCAUUGAUUUUGGAGCUGGAGUGCAAGAUAUGGAAGAGAACAAGAUGCAUACAACCUUUGCAGGAACCCCCUUUUACAACUCCCCCGAGAUUUUCCAACAAAAGUACACUCAGAAAACCGAUGUCUUUAGUGUCGGCGUCACCCUCUACGUGCUGACAUCGGGAUAUCCAGCCGAUUCUUUGCAAAAAGCAUUCAACUUGCUACAGAAAUCCAAACGAGACCUCAAAAAGCUUCCCAACAUGCCACAAAACAUGCCCGAAUCAUUCUACGAUCUACUUAAUGGAUUGUUGGUAUACCAUGCCAAGAACCGAAAGACGGCAGGUGAAUUACUCAAUCAUCCCUUUGUCACAUUCCACCAACAAUUGGAACAAGAAGAAGCUGAAGAAGCUGCCGACACGGUGGUCGGGGCGCUGCCCACGACGCCUGUACCCAACAAACGUCCGUCCAUGCUCAAGAGUCAAUCCUUUUCCGUCAAUGGCGCCGUCGAACGUCAUACCCUCAUGCUCAGUUAUCAAUCCUUUGAACGAUCGCUCACCACAUUGUUGGCCACCAUGUUGUCACAGCCCGAUUUGUCACGGCUCUUGGAGUUGGUGCAAAAGGCACAAGUGGCAGUAUUGAUUGAAGAAGAAGGAACCGAACACACCACGGGCAGUGCCAGUGAACAGGCUGCGCCUCUCGAACCCGAUCAGUUGGGGGUCAUUUCUUUGAAUCGUCUCUACGAGAUUGUCAAGACCGAUUUGAACAAUGAGGAUGUUAUCAACCGGGCCAAGAGUCUUCCCAAUGCUUCCAGCUACAUUAAAUUUGCCUAUCAUACGGCCCUCUUGCAAGAUUUUGUCAAACCAGCCUACCAAAACAACAACACGUCUACAACCAAGGAAGUGGACGUGGACGACAUGGAAUUUGACGGUGGAAAACUGCGUCGGCAUAGCCAUAUGAACAACAAUAAACGUCUUGCUUCGCUUGGUGGAGGAUCGAGUGGAUCCACCAUGUCGUCCAUGAGGGACUUGUCAAAGUGGUCCGCGGAUGCCAAGGGCAGCGGCUCCGUUCGUGGAGGUGGUGCCAUGAGUCGUUUGGGAGUGUCCUUCCGAAAGGGACCCCGUGGUGGAGGCAUGAACCGUGCACAAUCCGUCAUGAUUGCGGGUGUCUAGCUCUGUUGUCUGCAGACCCGAUUCGACAAUUUUACAAGUUUUGCACUUGGAAGUGUUUUGGUUUUGUGUCCACGCUUGUUGCCCCAAGUUUGCAUGGCUUGCUCUUGAAGAUCAAGCCACAAAGGCUAUGGAUGGAUUGAUUGAUCAUAUUUUCAUUACUACUGCUUCUGUUGUUCAGCUAAAACCUUUGAACUCAUAAAAGAAAUACUGUUUUGCUUU